AUGCUCAUAGUGUGUAUUCCACUCAUAUUCGGAUUCCCAACGAAAUUCAAACAAGAUGCGUCUGAGCCAGGUAGGAUGUGUCCAAGGUGUAACAAUGCUGCUGUCGUCGGAGGAAGCUCAAGGACAUGGUUCGAGUUCUUCUGGAUCCCUUUGAUACCCUUCACCAAAUCUAGGAUAUGGAUAUGUACUAUAUGUCAAUGGGAGAUGAAGCAAGGUGAUGGACCUGAUCCUCAACCUCCUUCUCAGAAUAGAUGGGGUGGUGGGUACAGACCACCUCCACCGCCUCAACAAUCCCAUCAGCCGGGAUACGGUCAACAGCAGGUAUAG